GCCGCCGCCGCCCGUCAGCCGCCUCCCGGGGGCCGCGCCAUGGACUCCAUCCCGGGCGAAGACCCCACUUUGCCGCUGGAGGUCAACAGCGGCCUCAAUUUUUCCCGGCUUCCAGAUGUCUCUGGAGAUGAGGUUCGCAAUCAAGUGGGAGGCGGUGGAGUGUUACCUGAGGUGGCCGAAGAGACCGUUUCACCAAGCAGGGCGCGAACCAUGAAGGAUUUUGAAAAUCAAAUCACGGAGCUGCGGAAAGAGAAUUUCAACUUGAAACUUCGCAUCUAUUUCCUGGAGGACCGGAUUCAGCAGAAGUUUGAUGGUCCCCAUGAUGAUGUAUACCGGAUCAACAUCGAGCUCAAAGUCGAAUUGGAGAGCGUGAAACGAGAACUUCAGCAACGAGAGCAGUUGCUCCGGAAAGCAUCGAAAGCCGUCGAGAGCUUGGCCCAGGGUGGCGAUGCCGAAAUCCAACGUCUGAAGGAAGAUGCAGAGAAAAAAGUCCAGGAAGUAGAAGCAAGCUUGACUAGCAGGAUCCAGCUUCUAGAGGAGGACCUUCGAACCGCCCGGGAAGAAGUAGAGAAAGCGUUUGCUUUGACGGACCGCGAAAGAGUCCAGCGACUGGCUGUGGAGCAGCAGCUCUCCUUAAUCAUCACUGCGCAGGCCAAAGAUAUUGAUAUCACGGCCCUGCUGGGAGAAAAAGACAGGUGCAUAGAGCAAUUGAGGCUCUCUCUGGAAAGGAAAAACGCUGCGAUCCAGCUCUUGGAGGAAGGACAGAGAAGACCUUCAGAAGAAAGCCAAGAUCCUAGUGCUGCACUGGAUGAUGAAAAAGAGAAGGCCUUAGAGAUUCUCAGGACCGAAUUCAGCAGUGAAAAAAAAGACUUGGAAAAAAGGAUCGAGGGUCUCCAGGAGAACCUUCGUGACCGGGAAACGGAGCUUUCUGCUGAAAAGGAAAACGCACUGAAACGUGACAAAACCAUCCAGGGUUUAACCCUUGUUUUAAAAACCAAGGAAAAUGAGAAUGGAGAACUUGCUUCUGAAAUAGAAAGCCUGAAAGCAUUGUUGGCCAAGUCUGGAGAGAUCGGUUCCCAAGCUCAGACACAGAAAUUCAAGGAAAGUGCCGAAGGUUCUCAGGAGCUACUGAUGGAGAAGGAGACCCUGCUGGCAGACCUGCGCUCGCAAAACCUGACCAAGGACACCGAGAACCGGAAGCUCCAGCGGAGGCUGAAGAGGACCGAACAGGAGCUGAGCGAGCUGCUUCUGGAGAAGGAGAAGCUGGGGAGAGACUUGGAAGAAGCUCGGUGGCAGAAAAACCAGAGCGACAAAACCAUCCACGACCUUCGGAACCAGUUGGAAAAAACUCAAAACGAGUUGGCUGAGAAGGAAAAGGCGAUCGAGCUGCAUUACGAGGUCCUCUUGAGUGACGGGGAUCAAAGGUUGCAGGACCAGAAGUCGGUCAUCGCACGCCUGACGGACGGCGUGGCUCAGAAGGAUGAACUGCUCCAGACUCUUGAUGGGGUCAUUAGAGAAAAAGAUUUGAGGCUGCAGGAAUGGUCCACUAAGUUUCAAAAUCUGGAGAAAAAUAAAGAGAGUCUUGAGAGACAGAACGAAGCCUUGAUGGAAGAAAAAUGCGCAGCCCAAUCCGAGCAGCUGGUGACCAAAAUGAUGCAUGAAUUAGAGAGAGCCAAAGAGUCCGAAUACGCGGAAAUGCUCGAAACUCUCCGAAAAGAGCACACCAUUUUUUCGACUUUGAUCAAGUCCCUGAAAGAUUCCGAUGGCAUAAAUAAUCUGCAGGAGGAGCUAAACACCAUCUUGUCCCUGAGGAAGCAACUUGAAGAAGGCAUCUUGGAGACCUGGAAUUUGCGGAGAACGUUGGAAGAGCAAAUCCGGGAUAACAGGAAGGAAGAAGACACCCCUUUAUCUUGGAGCAAUCAGACAUCGUACAUGAGCAUUUGCUUACGGGACCAGGAUCAUCGGUGGGACUGUCCAGUAGACCAGCUCUCUUUGGAGGAACUUAAAAAGAAGUUUGUCGAACUCCUCGGAGUGGUGAAGGAAAUGCACUGGGUCAUCCAAGAACUGAAAAAGAAGCCGUUUGACUUCUCCGCGUCAGAUCCUUUGGGAAACGAGAAGCAGAAAUCCUUAGACACAAGCGAGCUUCUUGAGCGGACGGAGGAGAGUCAGACGCUGCUGGGGGCUUCCGACGAAGAGGCGAGCGUGCCCAGCUGCGACUGUCCAGAGACCCUGAGCGAGAUCAUUCCUUUGGAUCCUUUGGAUCAACCCUACAAGAUUCUGAACCCACCGGAGCUUGAAUCUGAGCCGGUUGCUGGCAAAUAUUUUGAAGGGAGCCCAGCGGUCAACAAUUGCGAUCCUCGGAAAGAGACUGUGUGCCUUCUGAACGAAACCGGAGAGGUAGAAUUUGGAUCUCGCGGACAAGGAGAGAGCAAAACUGCAAAUGAGCCAUUAGAUCCUCCGAAGAUUGCCGGGCGAGACAAUUUAAGCAACGAUCUGGAGAACAAAGAGGAGAAAGAUCUUAAGCAGCUGAUCAUUCAGCUGAGAGCGGAACUCGAGCAGCUUAUGCAAGCCAACGUCUCACUGAAGCAACAAGGUGAACCGCAACCCACGCCCGGCCAUGAGGACGCCGAAACCGCGGGCGAGUUGAACCUGGAGACUGAAUUGUCAAAAGUGGAAGUGAAGGACACAGCUACCCAAACGACGACCCGGUCGGGAGUCGCUGUGAGGCCGAAGCACGAAGGCAAAAGGACGGCGGUCUCCGAGUAUGGCGCCGCCACCCAAUCUUCUUGGUUUGACCAGGAUUGCUGGCAGAGGUACGUCUCGGCCAAGAGCGAUCCGCAGAAGGCCCUCCCUCAAGUCGGCAAAGCAAACAAAAGCAACUCUUGUUACCAGUCCAAGAAGUCGCGCUUGCCUGUUUUGCUGAAGGCCUCAAGAUCCCUGGGAAGCAUCUCCUUAAUGACCUCACUGCCCAGACCAGAUCUCCAACAUUGUGUCUUCGCCCUGGACCAAGGCCCGAAGGGAAGGCAGUUGAGAGAAGAGGCCCACCAAAGCGAGGCCGAGGGCCAUGGGUCCAUCCGGAAGGACGUACGAGAAGAAGACAAACAAGCAGAAGCAUCGGCAAUCCAGCCAAAGGUCUUUGAAGCAGAUCUUAACCUGCCCAGUAUCCAAAACGCUGGCCAGAAAGACCAGGAUCAGAACAUCAGCAAAGCAAUCCAAUUAGAAAUAGAAAAGGAGACCCCUGAAUCCAAACGGUCUGCUUUGCCAGAGCUUCACCCUCUGCUCGGUGUCCCCGAGAAGCAGUACGGGGACGCCGCGUCGCUGUCCUCGAGGGGCAAAAGGAGCCCUUCCCUUAAGCAGAGCGGGCUCAGCUUCGACACCUUCGACUGCGAGGCCGUGAAUGACGUCGAAGACCUGAGACAGAGAAUCAGGGAUCUGAAAUCCGUGGUGGAAAAAUACCAGCUGCUGCUGAUCCAGUUCGAUCUGGUUGAACCGUGUCCUCCCGGAGACGCUCUGGAUCCCGUCCGGAGCGACGGCGAGAGGAUGCCCUCUCCCGCGGAGUUCAAGGAAAGCGAGCCGGAAUUCGCCAGCUUCUCCAACGAAAUGGAGCCAAAGGAAGGCGUGGAGGAUUCUUCAGGAUCCGGUCCCUCGAACGACCAGACCGUCCAGAAGCUCCGAGAGCUGUUGUCAGAAAACGAAGCCGAGCUUGAGAAAGAGCAGAUGGCGAACAUGAAACUGGUAGAUGAAGUCCAUCGUCUCCACGACAAACUCAAAAGCCUGACUCCCCGGGACGAGAUGCUUGCCGCUUCUGUUGGCAGGCCAGAUUUCUCUGUCUGCCUGUCGCUUCCUGAGGAGUCCCGCCAGCGCCAGAAAAUCCACGAGAGCCACAACAUUUGUGCCACUUACCGGCAACACCUGUCCAACUUGAUCCACGCUUUUGAAGAUCUCCUGUGGGACAGCGAGGUGGAUUACUACGUAGCCAAGAGCUUUCGGCAGAAGCUCAACCAAAGCGCCCAGAUCUUUGAGAGGCUGGAGCACCAAUGUCUCUACGGAGAGUCAAUAGAGGAUGAAAUGGCCAAGCUUUGCAAUCUUGCCCGGAGCUUGUCGGACCUUGAGGUACCCCAACACUUGCCUUCUUCAGAAGGACCCACUCCUGGAAAAGAAGAAACGGAGAGCGGAAAGGGAAAACCAACUGCUACCCCAACCAAGUUUCCACCAGAGCUGUUGAUGGAACAUCUCCAGGAAAUACGCUUGCUGAGACAGCGGCUAGAAGAUUCCAUUAAAACCAACGACCAUCUGAGGAAGCAGCUGGAACAACAGGUCUCAGUUUCUGUCCCAGACCAAGACUUGGCCAACGCUGGUAUCCGUGCGUCGGAGCAACUGAAUACUCUGACAUCUGAAAUUCAUUUCCUGAGGAAGCAGAACCAGACUUUGAAUGACAUGCUGGCGAAAGGAUCCAGAGAAGGACUUGAGGCUCACCUUGCAGAGAAGCAGAAAGAAAAUGAAGUUUUGCGAGAGUCCUUGACUCAGGAGCACUUGGCUGUUGAGUGCCUUCAGAAGGACCAUGAGCAUCUCAAGGAGGAGAAUGAGAAGCUGCGCGAACAAGUGGGAAAAGGAGAGGUCAAAAAUGAGGGUCUGACCCACGAGAUUUAUAACGUCAAGAAUGAACUGAUCAGGCUGCAGAUGGAGCUGGCCACCAAGCAACACCAACUGUCCGAGAGAGACAAGUUGUUAUGCUCAUUGAGGGUAGAGCUCAAGGUGUACGAAAAGUUGGACGAAGCUUUCCAGAACGAAAAAGAUCGGCGCCAGAAUGGAGCAGAAGAAUGUCGGAAGGAUCAAAACCAACCUCUGGACCUGGGCGAGCUCUUGACUGAAAUCCAGUUCUUGAGAAAGCAGCUGGAGCAGAGCAUCACAUCCAACCAGAUGUUGCAUGAGAAAGUAGAAGAGCAGCUGCGUCUAGAAAAGGGGGAAAAGAAGAACCGUUUGGGGCCAGCUUUGCAGAUCAGCUGUCUGUUCAGUCACGAGUCCCAACAGUUUCAGACUGGGAUCAAAGAGUUGAGUUUCAGCACCUUGGACAGCCCCUCCCAUUGCAACCUGUUGACCAACAAGGAGAUUCGCCCCCUCCCCAGUCACUGCGUCUGGGCGGACAAGAACGGCCAACAUAUCCUCGGCUUGAUCGAAGAUUACAACUGUCUCCGGAAGCAGAUCACGGAAGGGCGGAAGCAACUGGGCAAACUGGAGCUUCCCCUGAAAGAGGCAGAAGGUCUGGAUUCUGCAGUGACGGUUCCUCUGAGCAGUUUGUCUACCACCUUCAAGGCGGUCCAGCAGAACCUGGAAGAAGCUGCCCGCCUCUUGAACCUCCUCUGGAGGGUCUCCUUGCCAAUGAAAGUGGUCCAUGCUGCUGCUUACUCACUUCAGGAUGAAAGUCUGAAGUCUGAGGUCUACAAGCUCCGCCGGAAAGUGGCCGAACAGGAGAAGAAGCUCUACAGUAUGGCCAGGCGCUUGUAUUCCACCAACCAACUCAAGGAAAACAUGGAGAGGGUCAUCAUAGAUCAGUUGGCGUUAACACACAAUGUUUUAAAAAAGGCCAGAGGAAACCUUGAAGUUCAGCCAUCAGACAACAAAUCCACCCCUUCCAGCCUCAUCAAGAAGAGGGUUUAAGUGAAGGUUUCCAGGGGCCUGCAAUAAAGACCAUUUUCCUUUGCCGAGCCGGUGCUUUCGGGUUCUUCUUUCCCUCCAAGGCCUUAAUAUUCCUUACAAUUUCCACCCUGUUACUCCGGCGUUUUCUACCCUGAUGUCUUCUGGAUAUUAUUCAGACUGCAACACUCUCUCUUAUGCCGAGGAUGGUUAAAUUUGGUACCGAUUUUUCUUCUUCUUCUCCAGCUUUCUCUGGCAGGGCCAACCUCGGUGCUUGGCUUUGCUCCCUUGACAUGUCAGUGGCAUGAAGACGGACCUGCUGUCAAGAAGGUCAGCGAAGGCCGAGUUAAUUUAGGCAGGCGGAAUUUUUGGAGUGUGGUAAACUGAGAGGUGGGAACGUGGGAAACUUGUGCGCAGAAUAAAAGUCUUGCCAAUCUUUGCUUUGAAGGUCUUGGCUGAAAACAACUCGCUUGCAGGGUUCAGAUCUCUCAUCAUCCCAGCCAACCAAGAGGAUCCUGAAAUGAAAAGAAAACGGAGAUGAUGGUUUGCACAGAACUUGCUCCCCUCCCCUCCACCCCCCACCCCCACUCCAUCCCAUAAUUGCAGAAUCUUGCAUCUUUCCUUCGCAGCUCAGAUGGAGGAGUAAGCUGGAGCCCCUUAAACCACAACAAUUGGCUGCUCCCGGCUCACAUUGGCAAUGUUUACCUGUUGAAUCUGGGGGAAGGGGAGAUGUGUAUUGCUUCACUGGGUUGUAGGUAGGACUUCUCUACCCCUAAACUGCAGGGGACUUUCCGCUACCUCCUUUUUUGGGCAGAGCACCUGCCUCUAAAUUGCCACUCAUCUUCUUGCCUACUUGGACAAUGUGCAACUGCCACUCGGAUGCCCACUGGACUGGAAAAGUAGCCAUAAAGUUGACAAGGUCCACCUUUAAAUGUCCUCUCCAUCCCAAACGGGAGAGUAUAUUCCAGUUGGGCUUUAGAUGUUGUCCUUUCUCAAAGACCUGAGCUCCCGGUAUUUUCUCCGACGACAUGGUUGAAAUUUGGAAGCUACGUUUGACCUCCUUUUUGCCUUGUUCAAAACCCCAGGAAUCAAACUCCUCUAAAACCUGGGGCAGGAGAUCCAAAAAUUCCAGGUCCAUCUCUCUCAUGACCACCUCCCAUUGUCUUCAUGUCCACACCAAGCUGUUAAAAAAAAGUGACAUAAUUCAGGGUAUGAUUUUUCACUUUAAAAAAUUGCCAUCUUUUGUUCUAUACUAUUCCUUUCGAGCAGUCUUGCAUCUAAACCAUUCCUGUAGACUAUUUUAGAAUGUGUUGGUUUUCUGUGAUAUAUUUCUUAUUUGCUAUGGCAUCAGACUUGUAUAACUACCAUUUUAGAGAUUGUCCUGAACUUCUUUUUAAGGUAGGAUUUAAAAGAAGUAUUUAUUUAUCGGUGUCUCGGUUGGGUGCACCAACGCUGAUGGAAAACCUUGUUAGAUAGGCUUCUGUCCUAAUCAACCUGGAUGUUUCUUAGAGUCUCACCCCAA